AUGUCUGACGACGAUGAUUUCAUGCAAGACUCUGGCGAGGAGUAUGACUUUGAAUACGAGGGCUCCGACGACGACGAGUCCGGCGAUAUCGGAAUCGAAAACAAAUACUACAACGCCAAACAGAUCAAGGUCGACAACCCGCAAGAGGCCAUCGAUGAGUUUUUAGGAGUUCCUGCGCUGGAACAAGACAAAGGGGACUGGGGUUUCAAAGGUUUGAAGCAGGCAAUAAAGCUCGAAUUCAAGCUGGGGCGAUACAACGAUGCUAUUGGACAUUACCGAGAACUCCUGACCUACGUCAAAUCGGCCGUGACCCGAAACUACUCGGAAAAGUCGAUCAAUAACAUGCUCGACUACAUUGAAAAGGGCACCGACGACGAAGAGGCAUAUCAAUGUAUGGAAGAGUUCUACCGACUGACACUCACAUCGUUUCAGAGCACGAACAACGAGCGGUUAUGGUUGAAGACAAAUAUUAAGCUGGCAAGGCUAUGGCUGGAUCGGAAAGAGUUUGCCCAGCUGACCAAGAAGCUACGAGAACUACACCGGGCAUGCGAGCGAGAGGAUGGCUCGGAUGACCCCAGCAAAGGGACGUACUCUCUGGAAGUGUACGCGUUGGAAAUCCAGAUGUAUGCCGAGACCAAGAACAACAAACGGCUCAAAGCGCUGUAUGAGCGGGCUUUACGAGUGCGAUCGGCGGUGCCACAUCCCAAGAUCAUGGGUAUCAUCCGCGAGUGCGGCGGCAAAAUGCACAUGAGCGAGGAGAAUUGGGAGCAGGCACAGAGCGACUUUUUCGAGUCGUUUCGCAACUACGACGAGGCGGGCUCGAUCCAGCGGAUCCAGGUGCUCAAGUAUCUGGUGCUGACGACGAUGCUGAUGAAGUCGGACAUCAACCCGUUCGACUCUCAAGAGACCAAGCCGUACAAGAACGACCCGCGGAUAUCGGCCAUGACGGACCUGGUGGACGCGUACCAGCGCGACGACGUGCACGCCUAUGAGGAUAUUUUGCGGAAGAACCAGGACGUGCUGGCGGAUCCGUUCAUCGCAGAGAACAUUGACGAAGUGAGCCGCAACAUGCGCACCAAGGCGAUCCUCAAGCUCAUUGCGCCGUACACGCGGUUCACGCUGAGUUUUAUCUCGAAGCAGAUCAAGAUCUCGGUGUCGGAAGUGCAGGAGAUUCUCGGGUUUCUGAUCAUGGACAAGAAGCUAAAGGCCAAGAUCGACCAGGAGAACGGCACGGUCACGGUGGAGAGCGCCAGUGACCUGGACCGGCUGCAGGCGGUCCACGAAUGGUCCACGGCGCUGCAGUCGCUCUGGCGCACGGCGCUGAACGACGGCGAAGGCUUCAAGGUGGACGAUGCAGCGCUGGCGCAUAUGGGCGCAACGGCGUCGGCCUAUCAGGGAAGCUUUGCAGAGGAAGCACGAUUAACAGGGCUCGGCAAGGGCCGAGGGUGGAAGGGCAAGGCUGGUUUGGGUCGAGGGGGCCAUUCAUUUAUUAUUGAUUAG